CAUCAUCCAUCUCCUUCUUGCUAAUUCGAUCGAUAUAUUUGGUGUCCAAUAUAUAUAUAUAUAUACAUAUAAUUUUACCUUUUAUCUUCUAAAUAUAUAUCUCCUUACACUCUUGCAUGGUACAACUCUGCAUCUGUUAAUUCAUGGUGGCCAUGGAUCAUGGUGCUCCAUUUCUUUACCACUCCACCACUUGUUUUCUCUAGCUAGCUAGCUAGUUUUCUCUUCGAUCUUUUUAUCAAUCAUAUGAUAUCCAGUUCUAUCUCAUAGCAACCCCGUCCCUGUUCUCCGUUCUCUCGGCUGCAGCUAGCCCCCGAUCUCUUACAAUUAAGCUAGAUAUAUAUCGGAGGAGGAGGACGAACAAGCCAUCGAUCGAUUAUUUACUAUGCAUGCAUAGAGAUAUGCAUCGAUCUAGCUAACUAGAUAACGAGCACAGUAUAGGAAGAGCAGGAGGAGAGAGCUAGAGUGGAGCAACUAGUUCAGACAAGGAUCGACAAGGCAAAAAAGUUCAUCCCUGUCUCUUGCCUAGCUAACUACUACGUACUAUAGUUGCUACCGAGAUCUCUGAAUUAUUUCCUACAAGGGUUUUCAUCACAUCUCACAGUACCAGUUUUAAUCCGACAAACUACUGAUCAAAUCAAGGCAGGAUCAUAUAUAUAUCGAUGGAAAUGGAUGGAUGUAGUAUGAGCAGCACGCAGCAGGCGCAGGUGCCUCCUGGAUUUCGGUUCCACCCGACGGACGAAGAGCUGGUGGAUUACUACCUUCGGAAGAAGGUGGCCGCCAGAAGGAUUGACCUCAACGUCAUUAAGGACGUCGAUCUUUACAAGAUUGAGCCAUGGGAUCUGCAAGAGCGUUGCCGGAUUAAUGGCGGCGGGGCGGCGGCGGAGGAGCAGAACGAAUGGUACUUCUUCAGCCACAAGGACAAGAAGUACCCGACGGGGACGAGGACGAACCGGGCGACGGCGGCGGGCUUCUGGAAGGCGACGGGGCGCGACAAGCCCAUCUACGCCACCAAGCAGCACAGCCUAGGCCUCGUCGGCAUGAGGAAGACGCUCGUCUACUACCGCGGCCGUGCCCCCAACGGCCACAAGUCUGACUGGAUCAUGCACGAGUACCGCCUCGAGACCAGCGAGACGGCGCCGCCACAGGAAGAAGGGUGGGUUGUAUGCCGGGUGUUCAAGAAGAGAUUACCCACGACAAGAAGAGAUUCAGACCAUGACGCACCAGCUUGCAACUGGUACAUCGAUGAAGAUGCGUCGCCGCCGGCCUUCCUGUCCCCGAUGAGCAGAUCCAUGCGCCCACACCACCAAGGCAUCACGCUGCAAGAGCAACACCUCCACAUGACUUACAAGCACAGAUCACCAGACCUCAUCAGCAGUAAGAUACAGCAGCUCCAAGUCCCUGCAGGCCAUCAUCAUCAUCAUCUCAACACCAUGCCUCAUGAGCUGGAGAGCUCUGCUUCCUUCCAUUCUCUUUUGGUCUCUCCAGAGCACCACCAAAUCAAUAUGCACCAUGCUCAGGCUGAUCAGCUCUUUGACGACAUGCAUGCUGUCACUGCUACUGACUGGAGAAUUCUUGAUAAGUUUGUUGCCUCGCAGCUUAGCCAUGAUGCCACAAACAAGGGUGCAGCUGAUUAUACCGAUGAAGGAGACAUUCUUCAGGUCAAUGACAAGCAAGAGGUGGCAGCCCCCGAUUAUGCCUCAACAUCAACGUCAAGCAGUCAAAUUGAUCCAUGGAAGUGAUCCAGCGGUCGACGACGAUGCAUUCAGUCUAAUAUACAUUAUCUUAUAGAUAAAAUUAUCUCAAUAAUGAUUAUGAUCGUAUCGUAUCAAUUGGACAGAACGAUACAAGUGGUUUGAGCUACUGUAAAUAAUUAAGACUUUAGCUAGUACGACGUGUGGUGUUUGUGUGCUGCUUAUAUAUUGACUGGGUUUCUAUAUAUAUGAAAUAAUAAGGUCAUGGAGGACAAAAGCUUCAUGAA